UCCCAUAGAGCUAUAUUGGAAUAUAUAAAAGGAAAUAGUUUAUAUUUGUCUUUUGCUUGUUCUGAAGUUAAGUAUGACUGAAGGACCACCUCACAACUGUGCUCUGAGAUAACGCCAUUCUAUAAGCCAAGGCUAUGGAGGAGUUAUGGAAGUUAGAGUCAGUAGAACUAAGUGAAUCAAGACAGUUUAUCAGUCGACUGUCAGAUCGCCUCAAGACCACUAGAGACCCUGGUCUACUAGGAGAGCUGGUCGAGUUCUACUUUAAGAAUGGUUCAAAGCGAGCAAGAAAAGUACUUACAUCAUUGAGAGAGGCACACUCACAGGACUAUUUUGACAAGUUGCAUGAGAGCAUACAAAAGACCUCCACUCGACUACCAGUGCUGAAACUACUAGCACAUACCCUCAACUCUGAGACAAGCUGGUUGUAUCGCAUUGUAGACCACCCCCUGUUCCCAGCCAUACUGGAGCAGCUCAAGACGAGCCUGGACAUUGUGGUCUUGUGCAGUGGCGUGUUUGUGGUUACCGCAAUUCUACCACUGGUCCCCUCGUACAUCGCUCCACACCUCCAGGACCUAUUCCAGAUAUUCUGUACACUGGCCACCAUAAGACAAACUAAACUACUAGGUUUAACCCCUAAGGAGCUGUGUCUCAACCUAGAUGUAGCCAUCUAUUAUUUUUUCCUACAAUUGUACGCCCUUUUCCCCAACAACUUCUUCCAGUAUCUGCGAACGCACUACAGUCAGCCGGACACAUUGGAGCGCUUCAACGAAAGCAUCGCACCUCUGUUCUACCAGGUUCAGCUUCACCCUAGUUUAGUGACUGGUGGGAGCAGCUAUGAGCUGAGUAGGCGUAAGUGGGGUACUAUGGAACCUGACGAUAUCGCCACACUCUCACUGCAGCUGUGUCUAGACAAACACCUCGCUCCCGAACAAGACGGCCGUCCCCUUCCUGAAGACCACCCCCCUCACACGGGCACGAGCCUCACAGAGUCACAUUCAACACACACACUUAUCGACACCCCCACACUGCCGCCCCCACACAUAGUAACCACCCCUAGCAACAGCUCACUUCUCACCGAUCUUCCACAGCCAGCUGGUCUAAAAACUGCCGAAGAACUAGACAAAUUCUGGAGCCCUCUCGUCACCCUCGGCUCUGUCACUCCUCAUCACAGCUCCAAUAUAUCACCCAAUGAUUCCAGUAGAAACUCAGUCACUUUUCUCACUCAACCCAGCACUGCUACGUCCACAGCUCCUAGUCCAGUGUCAGACUCUGUGGUUAGCAGUACUCUGCCAACUCCUAGAGGCACAAGUGCUUCUAACCUCUUCACGUUCAGGAACUACUCACCCACGGCUUCUAUAGACAGUGAUAAUCGGCCGGCUGUCACUCAAUCAGCCGUACACACGCCACUCGAGGAUUCACACGGCAGUCUGCACUUUGACCCUCUCAGCCAGUCCAUGCGGGUGGAAUCAAGCUCACAAACAUCACCUAUUCGGAGGAUGAAAAAAGACGUUCAAAAUCAAUCAUUUAAAGAGAAAGUCGGUCGAUUUAUUAAUGGACUGUUUGUAGCACAUACUUCCAAAGGGGACGAUUUGACACGCACUAGCGAAGAAUUUAUCGAGAUAUAUGCAUCAGACGCUGAUACCUCUAAAUCCAGCAGUGUGCCCUCACCAGCGUCGGAAAAUAGCGGACCAUUGAUACAAGUAUACAGACCUUUGUCUGAAGAAGUCGGAGAAGAAUGUUUGGCAGAAUCGCUCAAGAAAUCAAACAAAUCCUCGAUGGAUACCACGACUACAGAAGAGGCUCAUAAACCAAUCAGCUUGCCUCAGAGUAUACCAUCCUCACGUCCAUCACGCUCCAACAGUCAAUCCUCCUCUGAAGAAACAACUGCCCCAAAUCAAUAUUAUGAUUUCCGGGGGGGCUACCUCAGCCAUCCAGUGAGCCUGGACAGAACGGGGGACCUGCCUCACCCGUAUUCCUUCUCCUACCCAGAGAGAGGCCCCACUGAGAGUGUAGUAGUGAAGAGACUGAGGUCCUCUAACUCAGAGUCUAACACACGACGGACUGUGCUGCUGUUACAGGAGCGGCUCCAGGAGUUGGUGGAGUCUGGUGAAGGUUAUGAGGGACCUUCCCUUGAUGCGUCUGUGAUCACAAGCACUCCCGUAGCGGAAGGAGGUCUAUUCUCUGAUGAGUCAGCAACUCUGAACCUUGACCUCUCCAUUGAUAGCACCUCCACCGUCCUCCAACCUGCCACGCCCCCUACACACCCACUUAGCGGACCUAUGACGCUCGGUCUAAACCUGGUUGCCAGCCCGAGCAGACCCACCCAACCCACCACCCUCUCAUCCAGCCUACCCUCUGGGCCGUCUAACAACGCCAACACUCUUGGGGUGGGACUGGCCAGCCGAUUGUUCGUCAAGCGCGUCUCGGUCUGUUCUCGGAGGCCACGACAUCAUCAGUUCAGUGACUCUAGCGCUGAGAGUGCUGUCUCUGAAUCUCUAUCCUGCCUGCCUACGAGUAACCAUCCAUCACCCAUUGCCCUACUGGACCAGUACAUCAACAGAGGAGUCAUGCUGCAUAAGGGUCACUUUGAGACCAUCCCGCUCACAGAACUUGAGGGGGUGGAUUGGAACCACUUUGGGGGAUGUCCCCACGCCGAGGAGUCUGGGAUGAUGCAAGCCCAGGCCGUGUUGCUACACAGUCAGCUCAUGUUUGAACGUUACCAGUGUAUGCAGCAUGCUCGGAGGAACAGGACGUUACUUAGUCAAGCGAGAGGUGCUUCUAAAGUGGCAGAGGAGGUCCAGGGUCUGCGUGAGCAGGUGCAACGUCAGAAGGAAGCUGUACAAAGUCUACAGACUGACCUCCAACACAGAGUGUACGCUCACAGCAGCUCCGUUAAACUACAAGAGAAUCUGCGCUCCAGAAAUCAAACACUGGCAACUGAGAAUAAGCAACUCAAAGAUAGCAACCUGAUACUGAGUGAGGAGGUCCACGCCCUCAGGGAGAGCAACCAACAGCUGCAGAAGACGCUGGACCAUUCCAAUGACAAGAUAGUCUCACUGGAGAAUGACCACUCUCAACUGCACACACGACUGGAACAUGCCGAGACACUGAAGCGUGAAGUGGAGCUGCUCUCGAGAGAACUACAAGUGUUAGGAGACCUCUACCAGCAACAGAAGGACCGUACCAACACACUACUGUCACACACGUCCUCCGAGCUGGAGGCUACUACACUGUGUACAGCACUGGCCAGAGAGAGGGACUUUGCCGAGGCUAGGAGUGUAGGUGUGAGACAGGAAGUGGGCGUGCUCUCAGCAAAGGUACGGGAACUGGAGGGCCUAUUAGAGAGAAGAGAGAAAGAGGUGUCACAGUUGAGGGGACAGUUGGAGCGCACCGAGGGACAGUGGGGGGUCAAGAUUAAGGCACUUGAAGACAAGUACAAGUCCAUGAAAGCCGUUGGCCUCCAGUUGGAGAAUCACAUCCUGGAGAUGAAAGGAAGGACCCCUUUCAUUAAGAGGAAACGCCACAAACGAAGCAUUAGCCACCCUACAGAGCCACGGUACUGUGGGUACGUUCCCCAGUUCAAGUACCGGAUAGGGGAAACGUUUGGUACCAACACGCAUCGUCUCCUCACGUCAACAGACCCUCGAGUGGCAGCCUCAGGCAAUCCUGUGCUCAGUGACACCUUACCCUCCACCACACAUCCUCCCAAGACGGCUGAAGAGUUCUUCAGCAGUCCCGUCUAUCAGAAUCGAACACGGAGUUGGGGCGACCAGAAAUACGUCGCUCAGAUGGUGCCUGGAUAUACAGGCUAUAUUCCUAAGAAUCUCCACAACUUUGGAUGUCGCUAUGCUGAGAGUUGUCACUCAGCAUUCUCCACAUUCGAGCAAGAUCAACAGAAACACAGGACCAUUGCUGACGAGAUGAAAUCGUUUCGUACCAACUCCAGCAGCAAUCCUGAGCCACAGAACAACACUCCUCUAUACCCUGUCAACUCUAAAGCCAAACCUUACCUAUCGAGCUUUGCCAAGCAACAUACCACCAUGUCUCCAUACAACAUGCCUGAUGAUCAUCCACACAAGUAUUACAUGUCCGGUUACACUGGCUUUGUGCCCAAAGCUCGCAAGUACCUCGGUCAAGGCUAUCCCGUCAUCACUCGUAGUGCUCUGCAAGAACAUGCUGCCGAGGAGAAGAGGUUGGCCAAGAGUUGGAAUGCGCCGAUACGAUUGUUUCGUACCGAGCAGACAGGCGGGCAGCCCUCCACCACUCGUCUGUACAUGAGUGACAAUGGACUAGUACCCCACUACACCGGCCACGUCCCAGGAGAGAAGUUUCAAUUUGGGGCCACGUUUGGGACAAGUACCAAGAACCCCGAACUAUCAAUAUAGAAAACACUGUUGCGUCCCAUAAAACAAUACCCUCAUAAUUAUACUACAUGUUCAAAUAUUAUAACGACAAAUUGUUGUUUUUAUAUAUACAAAUCUCGUGAAAGAAGAAUGUAUAACAGAUGUUGUGCGAGUGAAUAAAAUCAGAAUAUCUAUAAUUUCCAAACAGGGAAUGGAUGUGCCUCAGUGUUGAGAACCCAUUCGUCUAAUUUCAAUACAUCAGGAUCAUCAGAGAAUAACAAAAAUAAAUACUUGAGAGUUUCACUAAUAAAAAAGCUCUCCAUUUUGUCCUGUUUUUUGUUUGUGUUUAAUACGCUAAAGACACCACUGUAGCCGCCGGUCUCUAUCCUCGUGUGCUUCUCAAAGGCUUGAAAGAUCUUCCAGCCCCAGUCUCGAUAGCGAGAGUCUUUCGUGAGGCGGUACUGGUAAAACAAAC